CUUCCCCGGCACCCUCUCGUCCCAGCCGGUGUCCUUUCCACCCUUACAGCCUGCUUUCUGUGGGAGGCCCGUCGGCACCCAGGCUAUGCCCGCUCCGGCCACUGCUCACCGGAAUGCGGUAGUGCAGGCCGGACAAGGACUGGCCGCGGCCACAGCUGACGAGGCGUGAGGCGGGAGGGUCUCACCUGGCCGCACUUCCGCCCCUACGGGGCUUUUCCCGGAAGGCAGUGCGCACGCGCUCGCUGCGACUCCGGCGCGGCCGACUUCCGCUCCCACUGUGCCCCGCGAGCCGAAUCAUGGAUCACAGUGACAAUGAGUUACAAGGCACUAACAGUUCUGGAUCACUGGGUGGUCUUGACGUUCGCAGACGAAUUCCUAUAAAGCUCAUCUCCAAACAGGCCAACAAAGCCAAGCCUGCCCCUCGCACUCAGAGGACCAUCAACAGGAUGCCCGCCAAGGCUGCUGCUGGCGAGGAAGAAGGAUUUGAUUAUAACGAAGAAGAACGCUAUGACUGUAAAGGGGGUGAACUGUUUGGAAAUCAGCGAAGAUUUCCUGGACACCUUUUUUGGGACUUUCAGAUAAACAUCUUGGGUGAAAAGGAUGAUACACCAGUUCACUUCUGCGACAAGUGUGGAUUACCUAUUAAAAUCUACGGCCGGAUGAUUCCAUGCAAGCAUGUUUUUUGCUAUGACUGUGCUAUUUUACAUGAGAAAAAGGGAGAUAAGAUGUGUCCAGGCUGUAGUGAUCCUGUGCAGCGAAUUGAGCAGUGCACACGAGGGUCUCUCUUCAUGUGUAGCAUUGUUCAGGGCUGCAAGAGAACAUACUUGUCGCAGAGAGACUUGCAGGCGCACAUCAACCAUCGCCACAUGAGAGCUGGAAAACCUGUUCCCCGAGCUUCGCUGGAAACCGUUCAUCCGCCUAUUGCCCCGCCUCCAGCUGAAAUCCCUGAGCGCUUUAUAAUGCCGCCAGACAAGCACCACAUGAGCCACAUUCCGCCAAAGCAGCACAUCCUGAUGCCCCCGCCGCCCCUGCAGCACGUGCCGCACGAGCACUACAGCCAGCCUCACGAGGAUAUCCGUGCUCCGCCGGCAGAAUUGGCCAUGGCUCCUCCUCCACCUCGCUCGGUCAGUCAGGAAACCUUUCGUAUUUCAACAAGAAAACACAGCAAUUUAAUAACGGUCCCUAUUCAGGAUGACUCCAGUUCAGGGGCUAGAGAACCGCCACCUCCUGGCCCAGCACCUGCUCACCACCAUCCUGAAUACCAGGGUCAGCCGGUGGUGUCGCACCCUCAUCAUCUCAUGCCUCCACAGCAGCAUUAUGCACCACCCCCACCUCCUCCACCACCUAUAAGCCACCCAAUGCCACAUCCUCCCCAGGCCGCAGGUACUCCUCACUUGGUAUAUAGCCAAGCUCCACCUCCACCAAUGACCUCUGCUCCCCCACCAAUCACCCCUCCCCCGGGACAUAUUAUUGCCCAAUUGCCACCUUAUAUGAACCAUCCUCCUCCAGGACCUCCCCCACCUCAGCAUGGUGGCCCACCUGUAACUGCACCCCCUCCUCACCAUUAUAAUCCUAACUCUUUACCCCAGUUCACUGAAGAUCAAGGAACUUUGAGUCCUCCAUUUACUCAGCCAGGGGGAAUGAGUCCUGGUAUAUGGCCCGCACCAAGAGGGCCACCACCUCCUCCACGAAUGCAGGGUCCGCCUUCUCAAACCCCACUUCCUGGACCACAUCAUCCAGAUCAGACAAGAUACAGACCGUAUUACCAAUGAUAAUAGUAUUGUGAACUGAAGAUGUGAUGAGGAAAAAAAAAAAAAACUUGUGUAUAGUCAAUGUUGUAAUUCAGCUUGGAUUGUGUAGGGACUGAACAGUGCCGCUUACUGAGGUGGCGGUAAAACAUAGGGUCUGGUCUCUUGAAAUGCUUUUAAAUCUCGACCUUAGGAUUGAUUUCAAGUACUAUAGUACAGAGAUGAGGCUCGGGUGAGCACAGUUAUAUUUUAACAUCUCUGUUCCCUGAGUGCAGUAGACCCAGAGGUGACGAUUUGUAAAAAAUUGAAAACAAUUUUCAUUAUUCCACUUUGAAAAGUAUUGCUUUUGUUAAACCCAAUGUUUAGUUUUCCUUGUGAUACAUUUUGUUAACCUGUGUAAAAGGAUUAAAUUUCAGUAUGGUUGUAAAAAUA